AUGCAAACCUCAUCUGAAUUACUCAAGCAAGCUUCUCACCUCCUGCGUGAUGUUUGUCGGCUGGUUACCAGUGUUGACCCUCCGCCUGCCAACUUGACACCUCAUUUUCGCCAAGAAUACAUCAAAGACCUCCAGAGUCUCCACCGCAACUCCGAAAUGAUCCUUACUUGGACCAUAUCCUUGGGUCAGAUUCUCAACGAUCUUCCAGGCAAACCUGUCGACUUCAUGCUUGGUCAGUAUAGAGACGGUAAGAGUUCACAUCUAGCGAGCUGGAUAACACCAACCAACACCCCCAUGCCAUCCUCGGAUGGCUUCCAAUUCGACGCCAGUAGCUACGAUGACGUGGACGAUCUCACCAUGGAUGUAAUAGAAAAUAUUCAAAGUGAAGAAGCGAAAUACUCUCUACAAGACCUGCAAAGACGCAUUUACCAUCGUAGCGAAACGAUAACACCUCAGAUCGAACUCGACAGCCUACGUAGGAUUAUUUUCGGAUACAAAAAGGCAACUACCUCGGACAUAAAUCAUUCAACAAGGCCCUUCUCCAAGCACGAAAAUACCAUAUAUGACAGCGUUUCCCCUGGUGGAUUGAAUCACAAACUCCAACGCAUGACCAAACCCCCACCGACUUUCUCCAACGAGCAACUCCUAAUUGACCACGAAAUUUUCCUUUGGGAAGCCCAAGCCACCGACAAGUGCCGAUUAUGGGUUCACAGUAUCGUCCACAACAUCAUCGCCAUUGACUCUGUCCGCUUAUGGGGCUCUCUCGAUGAAAUAGAGAUCUUCGCCUACUGUGAGGCUGUUUCCAAGCGCUUGUAUGCGUCUCAAUUCAACGCCAUCGCCACCAACGAGUCCUCAACUAUCAAAGGCGGUAUCAAGUCUCAACAGCAGCUGGUUCUACAGUGCAUUCAAAACCUGUCUUCGGUGAUGGCCCGCCGUUCUCUUCUUGAUAAACUAUAUAAAAAGUUUGGGGCAAUUGCCCUACUCGAUAGCGUCAUUCUCCACCCAUCCUCCCAUGGUCAAUCUUCACCCUCAUCGUUCCUCCAGAGAGCUGUCCCGUCUGUCAUUCAAGCCCUUGAGCACACCCCUGUUGAACGUACCGAAUACUGGAGGCGCCGCAAGUUUGUCACCCGUCUACUGAACAUGGUCGCCUUUCCUUCUACCAGUGAAUAUGUCGAAGACUUUUUUAAUCGUACUGUUUACGCCAAAAUCGGCAACAUCGCACCACUUGCCGCUAAUACAGAGCCUGACGUUCGGCAAACCUUUUCCGCUGGCCUGCAAGCACUACACCACAAAGCCGAGAGUUUACUGCAGUGGAUAAUCGCCAUGGGUCAGGUAACUGUUGACGAUCAAGGUGACCCUUUGAACUUAGAGAUAGGAACCUACACCUGGGACCCUCUCCCGGAAGAUGUUGCAGCUCUGGUCUCCCACGCUGACUCUGUGGACGAAGGGGACGAGUAUGGCACCGACGAAGAUCCCAACGACGUUGUGGACGAGCAACUCACAGCGCAAAAGGCUCCGAUCCUCGAAGUAAUCCACGAUCCUGGCCGUCUCCGAUUUCGUCUUCAAGACUUUAGGUCCAUGGUAGCUGCUGCUGGUUAUAAAGGCAAAGUUGAAGACCAAGAACGGCAAGCGAUCAUACGCAUGAUUUGCGGGUACAAGCUAUACCCGACUCAUACCAUGGAAAAAGAAUUAGGUGAACACCAAUUCGUCACAAAAAGUAUUCCAAAAUGGACUUCCUCUGCAAACAACAUCGACAACAUUCAAGUCCUCGAAGAUCGCGCCCUGGCUCGAGAAAUCUUUAUCCUCAAAGAUACUCAAAAUAACAACGUGCAUAUAUGGAUCAAAUGUGUUUUGCGGAACAUCCAGGCCCUGCAGCUUGUCCAAGAAUGGGACACACUCUCUCCCGAACUCCAGCUCCAAUUUCGACACGCCGUAGCCGAAACAUACUUUUCCGACGAAUUUGCCCGUAUUUCCAAUUACAAGAUCACCGAACGACGAAAGAAGAUCAAGCGCGCAGCCCUCUAUCGAAAGUUCAAUACCCACCAUAAUAAAAUCAUUUCUCGCCGUCGAAAGUUUGCCACUCUGUUUACCAUGCUUGGCCCCACCGUCCUUCUUGAUCCUGCACUACUUCAUCUCACGCAGCGGGGAUAUCCUCGCAGCUCCAAGUACUUUGACAGAGUCCUAGCAAUCGUUAUUCGGGAAUUGGAAAACGACGCCUUUGAAGUCGAGAUUCCCUGGCUUUGGGAACAAAGGAGGUUCCUGCUUAGGGCUGUUGAUGUCAUCGCGGGAUCAUCAACCUUCGAACACAUAUGGACUAUGUGA